GAGUGAGAUAGAAGGAAAUUUGUAAAUUAAAUAUUUUUGAGAAAAAUGAGCCUUCAAGAGUUUUUUAAUAGACUUUCAAGUGUCUAUGAGAAGAGUAUAGGAGUAGAUCUUUUAGAUAUUUUCAUUUUUGAUGGAACUAAUGAGAAUAUUAAUCAACUGAAAAAAGAGUUAUUUCAGCAAGAAACAACAGAUAUAUUAAAGGAAUGUGAAUGGAGAUUUGGUUCAUGGAAAAUUUUUUCGGAAUUUGUAAUGGCAUAUUUAGAAUUUGUUAAAAAUGUAGUUUUUUCAGAUAUUGAAAUAUUUUAUAAGCUAUAUUAUCAAGUUUUUUUACAAUUUAUAACUACAUUUUCACAUUCUAAUGCUACAUGGCUUACACCUCUUGUAAAAUAUAUGUCAUUAAUUCUUACUAAGGUAUCGAUUCAAUUGGACAAUUUGACACAGGAUCCACAUCAAAGUGCAACCAAUGAAACAUCUAGAGCAAUUUUUAGAUUAUUUAAUAUUAUAUUGAGUGAUCGACAUCCACUCCCAGAUUCUAAAAAAGUAUGCACAUUAUAUAUUGCAAAUCUACUUCUACGAUUAUAUUUUAAGCUUAAUCAAACACGUCUUUGUCAAACAAUUAGUUCUAAUAUUACAUCAUCAGGAAUUGAAUUUAGUUUAUAUCCUAUAUCUGAAAGAGUAGGAUUUAGUUAUUAUCUUGGUAGAUAUAAUUUGUAUCAACAACAAAUUACAAGAGCUAGAGGUCAUCUUUUAUUUGCAUUUGAUAAUUGCCUUACAGAAAACUAUAAAAAUAAACGGCUGAUUUUAAUAUACCUUACAACUGCAUCUAUUAUAUUAGGAAUCUUUCCUUCAUCAGAACUUCUUAUAAAAUUUCAUCUUUCUCAGUAUUUUUCACCUGUUAUAUCUUGUUUAAUUAAAGGAGAUCAUAGAAGAUUCACAGAUCAUAUUAAUCAUGAUGCUAUACGUUCUUGGUUAUUGAAAAAACAGAUAUUUUUAACAAUUCGUGAUCAUUGUGAGAUUCUCUUAUGGAGAAGUCUAUUUCGUAGAUCGUUCUUAAUUACUCGAGAUCCAUCACAAAAACCACCACGAGUUAAACUUGAAGAUCUAUUAAUAGCAGCUAAAUGGGCUAAAAAUGAUGAUACAUAUGAUUUACUAGAUGUUGAAUGUAUAUGUAUCUCAUUAUUGGAUCAAAAUUAUCUACAGGCAUAUAUUUUACAUGCUUCUAAAUUACUUGUUCUUAAACGUGAUGAUACUCAUGGAUUUCAAAAGAUUAGUAAUGUUAAGGCAUUGCAAGCUGCACAUGACGAUGAUGUAACAUUUGGUUGGUAAUUGUUAAAAUAUAUAUCUACAUUUAGUAGGUUUGUUU